UGCAAUCCCGAGCACUUAUAAGAUGCUAUCGCCACACUGCCGAAUCCUCCUGAUCAUUCUAGCACAACAGUAUCUUUGCCGGGCACAGAAGAACAAUGCCCAGCUCCCAGCAGUACGCAAGGCAGCCUCUGUGUUGGAGCGCAAGCAGUUCUGCCAGUGGCCGUGCAAGUGCCGUCCCAAGCCCCAAUGUGCCCCGGGGGUGAGUUCCGUGCUCGAUGGCUGCGGGUGCUGCAAGAGCUGCGCCCGGCAGAUCGGCGAGGCCUGCAACGAGAGGGACAUCUGCGACCCGCACAAGGGCAUGUACUGCGACUUCUCCCGCGACCAGCCGCGCUACGAGGUCGGCUUCUGCGCCUACAUGAUGGCGGUGGGCUGUGACCUGAACGGCAAACACUACGAGAACGGAGAGGCCUUCCAGCCCAGCCCGCUCUACAAGUGCACCUGCAUCGCCGGCGCCAUCGGCUGCACCCCUAUCUUCAUCCAGAAGCCCGCGGGCCUCCAGCAGACUCCGGCCGGCCUCCAGGCGGCCAACACCCCGGCAGGCCUCAGGGGAGGGGGCGCCAAGGACCCCAGGAAGCACCAACAGGACACCACCUACAGGAGCAUGCCAGCUUACAGGGAUCCUCCUUUAGCCUGGAAGAAGAACUGCCUGGUGCAGUCCACUCCAUGGAGCCCCUGUUCCCGGACCUGUGGCAUGGGCAUCUCCGUGCGCGUCACCAACGACAACGGCAAGUGCCAGAUGAGGAAGGACCGGCGCCUGUGCCUGCUGCGGCCGUGUGACAAGAAGACGCUGAAGAGCGUGAAGAUGCCAAAAGGAAAGACCUGCCGGCCCAAGUUCCAGGCCAAGAAGGCGGAGAAGUUCACGCUGUCGGGCUGCACGAGCACCAAGAAGCUGCGGCCCACGUACUGUGGCGUCUGCACGGACAAGCGCUGCUGCAUGCCCAACAAGUCCCGCAUGGUCACGGUGGACUUCAAGUGCAAGAGCGGCUCCAACGUCAAGUGGAAGAUGCAGUGGAUCACCUCCUGCGUCUGCCAGAGACAGUGCAGUGACCCUGGGGACAUCUUCUCGGAGCUGUACCUGAUCUAAAAAAAUAUAUUUAAAAAGACCCAUCUAAGCCUACUAACUUACAGUAUCCCAGAUGGACGCAGCUUUUCUCAUAGUGAAGCACAAGAAGAAGGGGAAAAAAAGAGAGAAGGGGGAAAAAAACAUGUUGCCGGUUCUUCUGGGCCUGAUCUUGGCAGUGGCAGCAUCUUCCCUUGAAUUUAUAGGUUGUGCGAGAUAGCGAGAAAACUUCACUCAGAUACACCCCUGUACCUUCCACCAUAGGAAGUCCUUGAGGGGGAAAACAAUGAUGACCAUUCAUCUGCAGCCCCAGGGAGUGUCAGAGCCAAGCCAUAAAGAAUGUUAACAAGACUACACUGAGCAUUCAACCUCUUGAUCUGUAAAUACUUGUGAGUCUGAGGACAGAGGAAACCUUUAACAUAGAACCUCUCCCUAAGUGAAUAAAUCUGCUAUUUUUUUUGACAUAGGCUUUCAGACGUUGGCAUGAGCAGAAAGUGGUCCCAGUAUGAGUUGUAUGGUACUGUCUCUUUUGGAUCUUAAAGACAAGGGCAGAGGCAAGAUGCCUUAUAAGGAGCUGUUUCAACGCAGCAGGAUAUUUUAAAAUGUGUAGCAGUAUAUAUUUUUCUCCUGGUUACAUUGGUUUUGGCCUUCCGUUUCCACAUAAGAAGAUUUUUAAAACCCACAUAUCGAAAAAAUAUCCCAGUUAGGGGGCUAAAAUGCACCUGUUACAAUGGAGUUUUUAUGUUUAUUCCCAUGUUGCGUUUCCACCUAAAGAGAAGAAAAAAAUAUCUACAUAUAAAAAUAUCCUGCUACAUGGAAACAGCACCUAAACCUAGCAGGAGUAUAACUCAGUUUGUCGUGCCAUCCACCUGUUUGUCGUCAAUUGUGACAGUCAAAACGAAUGAUAGUAUUAAAUGCUACAGGAUUAUCAGCCAUGUACUACAUGUGUAUUCAAGGUGACAGCGUCCAAUAUUAAAAGCAAAAAAACUGGAUGACUUGUUGCACACCCAAGACAAGAAAAUACUACCUAAAGCUGAAGAAGUCCAGCUCUGACGUAGUUGCUUACCAUAGGAGUGUUUAGAGUGUGUUUGCAGAGUAGAGCUUUAAUUGCAGUGAAUAGCUAAAUGCAUCUGCCAUCUACCACAUCUAGUAUUACAAUGCUGUAACUUAAGCACAUUUUACAUUACUUUUUUUUUAAAACAAUGAUUAGAUGUAUUUAUGCGGUAUACGAACGUUUUGAAUAUUUGUGACGAUUAUUAACAACCAUUUCGCUACAUUCAGAUUCACAAAUCUGCACCACAAACAUCUUGUUAUUAAUUUAUUGUUUUGUGCAAUUAGCAACUCAUUGAUUCCACAGCACUAUUACAUUUUGUUUUGUUAUAAAUGAGCUGUCAAAAUAGAAAAAGUUGUAUACAAGAUAUGUAAAUAAAUUAAGUUUGGUUUAGCUACUCAUAUUUAAGACAUUUGUUUUCCAACCACACAAUUGGUCACUCACACACAUGAAACUUUAAUAAUCUCACAUUCUGUCAUCUUCUAGGCCACACACACACACAAACACAAACACAAACACACACACACACACACACACACACACACACACACACACACACACACACACACACACACACACACACACCCCUGUAUCAUGAACAAAAACAUCUCAAUUCUACACAUGCAGUACACCACAUCGAAACCAGACAAAUGUGAACCUGGGAGCUGCCUUCUACACGCACGCACGCACGCACGCACGCACGCACGCACGCACGCACGCACGC